AUGGUACUUCAAAAUGCCUCGGACUCGGCCGGGCAGGAUACGUUCCAGGACAGCGCACCUUCAUCAGACAACGACCCCUACGCCAGCUUGAACUCGAGCCCGAAUUCCGACGAGCAGAGUUUAGCCUCGACAUAUCACGUCGACGUGAGCAAGCUCCCUAAACCUCUGCCAUGGAUUGGCUCACUGGCCGGGUAUAAUGAGCAGCUGCUAUCGAAGGCUCUUACCAAGAAGAUCGCGCAUAGCUCACAAAUACUUCAACGGCCACUUUCACAAGAGGAAGUCGACGCAUUUGCGUUUUGGACUGCGAAGCAAGUGUCGAUACUAUCUUAUGGGGUUCCAUUUGGGGUCGGGGGAGGGCUAUGGAGAUGUUGGAGCACCGCGGACACUUUUCGCAUGCCGUUCUACAGACCGAAUGCGGAGACAUUCAAUCCGCAAGUCUUCCCUCCAAGAAUUGCUAUAUUGAAGGGCAACAACGCGGUCAUGGCGUGGCAUGCUUGCAGGGCUGUCUUGUAUGGUGGAAUGGGAAAUAUGCUUGGACAACUGUUCUUCGGUUCAUAUUCUAUGAGCGUUGCAACUGUCGGGGAGAUGGGAGACAAGAGACUAAAGCCGUUUAUUGACGCAGUUAAGGCACAGGCAGCUAAGCAGAGAGGCUCGCUACCCCAAACAUCAGGCCAGCCUGGAAUAGGACAGCAGCCCGAUUUUGGCACUCAAAGUAGAGACGAUGCAAGCCCAGGAACCAUACCAAUGGGAGAGCGAAGUCCGGAUGCAAGCUGGGAAAGCAUGAGCGAAAAGAAGCAGCCAGAAGUACAAGCACAGCCAAAACGAUGGCCCCAAGCAAGACCUAUGCCAACACCGCCGCCCGUGGAGGAGAGCUCUGAUCAACCUUUCGGCAUAUUUGACGAUGCCUCACCAACAGGCGGACAAGGCGUACAAGCAGAUAUAAGAGCUGCUCCAGUUACAUCACAAGGUGGCUCGGCGUGGGAUAGGAUACGGAGAGGCGAACAGUCUAGUGGCCAGAGAUCUCCCAAUUCUGGUUCUCAGCAAGCACAGAAUCAGAAUGCAUGGUCGAGGUUGCAGAAGGAUAGUACAACCACCAGUGACGGUUAUUCGUACUCUAAGACAGAGGAGACGAACUUAGCGAAGGGGGAGGCACAGAAAGACUUUGAUGCCAGAGUCGAGCGUGAGCGAAGUGGUGGAGAUUUCGCGAAAGGGAAUGGAGAUCAAAGGCGAUGGUAG